GUCCCUGGAGUCAGGCUCUACCUCUGCAAGCCUUCGGAUCCCUCCCCAAGUUGAACCACGUAGUUGGUGGGAUUUCGGGGAUCUCUGAACCGGAACUGCCCCUCUCCCCGGUGCCGGGAGCGGGUCUGAUGGACACUGAUGUCACCACCAAGCUGUUGGACUGCAGCCUCCCGGCCUCUAGGUACCUCCCCCUGAAACAGCAAGCCGGCUCCCGAGAGGAGGCCAGGAGUCAAAGAAAAAGAUGACUGCGAAGUUAAGUCGCGGGAGGGCGUAGCAGCGAAGCGCUGGAGCUGCCGGCCGGGAGCGUGGCUCAGAGAAGGGACUAGCCGGGGCUGCCGGAAGAGAGAGGGCGUUGCUGGCGGCGCCCUGGCUCGGGAGGAUGCCUGCCGGGGACCGCACUGCCCGGAGGAGUUGGGGAGAGCGCAGGACGUCCCUGCUGGAGUUCCUUGUCUCUCUGCCUCCCCCACCGGCCACCUCUGCCUCUCUCCAGCUGUAGCUAAAAUGAAAACCAAACCGCGGCCACAGUGGGUCAGUUUCAAAGGCUAGAGUAGUCUCGGUUUUCAGCUGAGUGUGAAUUGCGCUGCUUGUGCCUUAGAGGAAACCCGGAGCUCUUCUCUGCCGCAGUUUCCUCAGGUGGAAUAAGCCUUAAGGAAGAUCAGAUAAGACUCUUUGGAAAUGGCUUUUUUUUUUUUUUUUUUUUUUGUAAAGGGGAGUUUAUAGUACACCUUGCUUACUGUUUACUUUAAACGGUUGAUGGAUUGUCCUGGCUUGGCUGUCCAAAAGUCUAUUUUUUUUUCUUUUGGGUAGCCUCGAAGAAGCUUAAUAUGGGAAGAAAAACUGCCUUUUGAAUCAAGAUUAUUUAUAGCUACACCCAAAAAAAGUAAAAGAAGAUUUUAACUUUCGUAACAGCAUUAGACAACUUAUUUUUCUCUGAAGAUUUGAUUUGUGCCUUGAUCUGAAAAAUACAUGGCCCCUGUGUUUGUCUUUUAAGUUUCUGAAGCAUGGUUUAUUUAUAAAGGAGAUGAAGUUUUGCAAGCCAUCCUUAAGUGGAUUACAGUUAAACAGAGUUCUGCGGAUAUUAACAUUCAGCCUGUUAAAAAUGCUUGCUCAUUUGGAAAUUUUAACCUGGAAAUCUCAGAUGCAAAAUUAGACUAAAAAGGGAAACGGACUGAUAAUGGAAUGUUUUGAUUGAGCCACUGUUAAGUGUGUGUUUGUUUUGUUUUGUUUUGUUCUGUGUUUUGGAGUGUGUAUUAGGGAACUUGGGGAACUGGGGAAGGGGGAGGAAGGAGAUUUCUGUUCUGUGUUCUUGAUGCACUUUAUUUUUUAGACUCAUUUCAAAAAGAACCAGGUAAAAGGAUAGUUGCAUUUAGAGUGAUGCACUGAUGAUGAUGACCUUAACACCUCAUAGAUCACAACCUGUUAUUAUUUGAGCAUAUGUCUUUAUGCUGAGGACAUUUUAUAACUCUGGUCGGAAGUACACUUUUUUGAAAGAUGCUUUACCUUCUUUCUUAUUUUCUGUGUCAAGAGCUGCAAUAUUUGUUUUAACUAUCUACAAAAUGGGGAAGCCACUCAGCAGACCAGACUGUUUACGUCAGAAUCCCCCAUGUGUAGGGAAAGGUGAAGAAGAAGAGGACCUAAAUAUCGAAGACUGUUAUGUCCCACAGCGGUCAAUCUAUGACACUGUCAGACUAAAUGAACAGAUAGACUCUGGUUCAAAGGGUAGCCUGUCUUCCAGGCAUUUUACAGAUCGGACUUUACCCUACAGUCACAGAACACUGGAUGUUAGUUCUUUAUGCUCUAACGGUGCCCUUGCUUCUUCCAGUGUAUUUGAGCUGAGAGGUCGUGAAGCUAACAAACUAGAUGAAAAGAUGAUCUUUGAUGCGCUCAAACUAAAUAGUGAUAUCGUUCGAACCACAGGAUUACCCAAAGCCAAAUCCCAUGCAGAAAAGAAAGAACAUAGACGGUCCUGGCGUAUGUUUGUCCCGGCCAAUUUUAUGGAUUAUGCAAACAAAAGUGAAAGCUCUUUUGUUGAACCUACUGAUAUGUCAGAUGUCGUUACCAAGGACAGCAAGUGCAGGUGGGGUACUAAUUCUCUAACGUCGGAGGAGGAUGACUCUGGGUUAUGUAGCCCUCCAGCAGAGAGGGAAGAAAAACAGGGCAUUUUAACUGAAGACCAGUCACGAAUUAGAAGCUUGUCUUCUGCUGAAGAUAUUCAUAUAGCAGAGCAAUACAGACCAUUCUUUUCUGUUUAUUCCAUUAGUGAACAGAAAAUCCCAUUGCUUUCAUGUAGAAGCGCCCACCCUGAUGAAAAUUUCAGAAUGAUUUUACAUGAUGUUUCUCCACUAGAAGAAACAAAAUGUGUAAGAGGUCAAAGGGAAAUCCGUGGGGAAAUUGCUGCCUGCAGAAGGGUUUGAAAGAGGGCGCGGUUAAGUGUGAUCCCUUAAUGACCCCAAGAGAUGGAGAAAACCAGUGUAUUUCUAAUCCUGGAGAGGAAGGGAAGACAUACGGACCAGGAGGAUCUCCAGUCACAGCGCCA